AUGAAAAGCAAAUUUGCAAAUGAUAAAAUUAAGGCCAAUGCAACACACAUAUAUAAAGAAAGUAUACCAGAGAUAUAUCUAUUUUCUUUUCUUAUAUUUUAUUUAUUAAUUGUGUUGUAUGCAUUAAAAGAUACAAUAUAUAAGAAUAUAAUAAUUUUCUACAUUGGCCCAUGUGUUCUUCUUUUUAAACUAUCCUUUAUAUGCAUACCAAAGUUUAUACAAUUUUUGAAUCAAAAGGGACUAUGCGGUAUUGAUUUAAACAAAUUAACCAAGGAUAAAGUAGCGGAACCAAUUGGGCUAUUCCCAUCGAUUUUAUAUUUUAUUUUUGUUUUGUUCUACCAGAUUCUAUAUUAUAAUGACCAUAAAAUUUUACUAGAAUAUAAUGCGGGAUUGUUGUCCAUUAUUUUCAUGACCUUCUUGGGUUUUAUAGAUGAUGUUCUUGAAUUAAAAUGGAGAUAUAAAGUCAUUUUGCCCUUUUUCGCGAGUCUACCCUUGCUAUUAUGCUAUUCAGGAGAAACAAACAUACGAAUACCGAAUUUUUUAAUUUUUAUAUUUAAAAAAAAAAUUAUAAAUAUUGGUUUUUUUUAUUAUAUAUACAUUAUAUUGUUGUCUGUAUUUUGUACAAACACAAUAAAUAUAUAUGCCGGAAUUAACGGAUUGGAGAUUGGACAAACCUUGAUUAUUUCGAUUUUUAUUUCUAUACACAAUUUAAUUGAAAUAAUAUUGAAUAUUAAAAGUUCUGAUAUCUCUGGACUACUAAUUUUAAAGCAGCAUUUUUUAUCAAUAAUAUUUACCCUUCCAUUUAUAUCAAUAAAUUUGGCGACAUUUGCUUUUAAUUUUUAUCCAUCAAAAGGAUUUGUAGGGAAUACAUUAACCUACUUUUGUGGCAUGUUUUUGGCAGUUGUUUCAAUAUUUGGCCAUUAUUCCAAAACAUUAAUAUUAUUUUUAGUUCCACAAUUUUUAAAUUUUUUUUUAUCCUUACCACAAUUAUUUAAUUUUAUACCCUGUCCAAGACAUAGAUUACCAAUCAUAGAUCAUAAAACAAAUAAAUUAACACAUUCAUAUAAUUUUACAUUAAUAAAUUUAAUUUUAUAUAUAUUUGGCCCUUUAUCAGAAUAUCAUUUAGUUAUUGUUUUAUUAUUUUUUCAAUUUGCUACUUGCUCCAUUGGCUUAUUUUUGAGAUAUUUUAUUGACACUACAUAG